UUUUGGACACAUUGGAGGUCGGAAGUAGUAAGCAUGGGAUGGGCGAUCGCUUUGCACGGCGGAGCGGGCGAUAUUCCGGUGGAUAUACCGGCGGAACGCCGUGAGCCUCGAGAAGCCGCUCUCCGCCGUAUCCUUCAGAUCGGCGUCUCCGCUCUUAACGCCAAACAGUCUCCAUUAGAUGUCGUUGAACUUGUGGUACGUGAGCUAGAAAAUUGUCCACACUUCAAUGCUGGUAAAGGAUCUGUUCUGACCGCCAAUGGAACUGUUGAAAUGGAAGCUUGCAUCAUGGAUGGGAGUUCAAAAAAAUGCGGUGCGGUUUCUGGUGUCACCACAGUUGUCAAUCCCGUCUCUUUGGCAAGACGGGUCAUGGAAAAAACUCCCCAUGUUUAUCUUGCAUUUGAUGGAGCCGAGGCCUUUGCAAGAGACCAGGGACUUGAAACUGUAGAUAAGAGUCAUUUCAUCACUCCUGAAAACAUCGAGAGGCUAAAGCAAGCAAAGGAAGCAAACCGAGUUCAGCAAGAUUAUACACAACCUAUAAAACCCAAAGUGCCAGAUGGGGAUAGCAAACUUGGAACGGUUGGAUGUGUGGCUGUAGACGGUCUAGGGAACCUAGCGGCUGCAACUUCAACUGGUGGUCUGGUGAACAAAAUGGCGGGAAGGAUUGGGGACACCCCGAUCGUUGGUGCAGGGACAUAUGCCAAUAAGUUUUGCGCCAUCUCUGCAACUGGCAUAGGUGAAGCCAUAAUCCGUGAGACGGUGGCUAGGGAUGUGGCUGCAGUCAUGGAGUACAAAGGGCUAGGUCUGAAAGAAGCGGCUGCAUAUAUUGUUGAUGAAGUUGCACCAAAAGGAACCACUGGCUUGAUAGGUGUAUCUUCGACAGGUGAAGUUACCAUGCCUUUUAAUACAACUGGUAUGUUCAGAGCUUGUGCUACUGAAGAUGGGCUCAGUGAGGUUGCAAUUUGGAAAUCCGGAUGAUCGUGGUCGCUUAAGCGUUAAUAUGCAUAAAACGCCAUUAAAAGCUCCUUAUGUUAUGGUCACAUUUGUUUCAUUCAUGGAUUUGGAAUAAACCAUAGUAUGAUUAAAGAAUUAAACUGUUGUGAAUAUCCUUAAAAUGACAAAAACAAAUGUGUA